CCUCGGUGGCAGGGAAAGAUAUAUUGGUAGUGGUUUGGAAAGCAGUAUUUAGUCUCUGUUGCUGUCAUCGAGUUUCGGGCGAAAAGUCUGCUGGGUCGACAUGGAGAGUCACGAUGAGAAGGAGAAGUCAGACAAGAGGUUCGCCCUCACUUACAUCGGCUGGUCCCUGCUGGACAGGCGGACCACCCUGCCCAUGCUGCCGUGGCUGGUGGCUGAGAUCCGCAGGAGGUGCGAGAAAGGCGCCUGCGGCCCUGUGAUGCAGCCGAGAGAAGUUCAUCUGGUCCUCUGCUCCCCCUUUGUCCGAUGCGUCCCCUCCACCAGCAACAACUCCUCAGUUUUCAUAUUCGAGCACAAAGCACAGCUCAUCUCUCGCUUCAUUCACAACAGCAAUGACCUCACCUAUUUUGCCUAUCUCCUGCGGGGCCAGCCCGACAACCCCGAGUCCGAGAUGUCCUGUCACGUCUUUAAGGCCUGCGACCCCAACCAGGUCCCUGAGGUAAUCAGUAGUAUUCGCCAAGUGUCCAAAUCAGCACUAAAGGAAGACGCGAAGCCCAAACAGGAAACCGAUGAGGCCUUCUACAAUUCUCAGAAGUUUGAAGUGCUUUACUGUGGCAAGGUGACAGUCGGAUACAAGAAGGCUCCGUCCACUCUCGUCGACGAUUGCAUUAACAAGUUUCGCCAGCAUGAGACUGAGCGCAAACGCCUACGACUGCUCAACGGUCAGCGAGGGUCUACGGAGAGCGCUCCUGUGGAGUUCCUCAUGGGGGCAGAAGGAGACCCGCUCUCCUCUGCUCUGCAUGAGAGUAUGGAAGACCCUGAAGGCCUUGGAGGGGAGGACGUGACCUCAGGUAAAGGCAUUCUCAGCACUGGCAGUCAGAGCAGCUUACGAGGAGCGUUCCCCGAGUCCAUCCAGGAGGACUCCAGAUUCGAGGAGCCCCAGGAGUUUCGUACACGCUGCAACAGCAUGGCGGGGAGCCUGCAGAGGAAGCCGGGGGAAGGCGUCGUCAUGGUUCCCACACGCCGCCGUCACGCUAGCGCACCAAAUCAUGUUCAGCCAUCUGAUGCAGACAAGAACCGCACCAUGCUCUUUCAGGUUGGACGCUUUGAAGUAAACCUUAUAAGCCCUGACAGUAAAACAGUGGUUCUGGAGAAGAACUUCAAAGAUAUCUCAUCCUGCUGUCAGGGUAUCAAGCAUACUGAUCAUUUUGGAUUCAUCUGUCGGCACCAGUCAGAGUCUGGUCCCAGUCAGUAUGUGUGCUAUGUUUUCCAGUGUGCCAGUGAAUCCCUGGUGGAUGAGGUGAUGCUGACCAUGAAGCAGGCCUUCACUACAGCAGCAGCCUUACAGAGCAACAAAACCCAGAUCCAGCUGUGUGAAGCCUGCCCCAUGCAUGACCUGCACAAGCUCUGCGAGAGGAUUGAAGGUCUCUACCCACCUAGAGCAAAGUUAUCCAUCCAAAAAUAUCUCUCCCAGCUGACCGACAAUGAGCAAGCUGAGAUUUUUGAGCGAGUUCAGAGACUGAAGCCUGGGUCAGACCAGGAUGAGAAUGAGCUUGUGAUACUCCAUCUGAGACAGCUCUGUGAAACCAAACAAAAGUCCCACCUCCACACUGGAGAGGCCCCUCAGAAUGCAGGAAACAGCUCAGCAGCAGGAGAUGGCACAGCCACCGGCAGCCGCUUUAAGCUUGAUAUUUUCAAGAAUAAAGCACGUUCAUCCCUCACUAGCUCUCUGGAGAAUAUCUUUGCAAGGGGUGCCAGUCGAAUGCGAGGCCGCUUGGGAAGCAUGAGCAGUUUUGAAAGACAGGAUGAGGAAUCUCCUGGUCACUCCCCCCCAGGUUCCCCUACGGCCUUCCCAGACGAAGACCCGGAAGCUGGGUUUCAGUUUCGUCGGCGCGCUCACACCUUCAGCCAUCCACCUGUGAAAAAGCGCAUCUCCUUCGAGGGCCAGUUGCCCAUCCAGAGCAAACAGGCUCCGCUUCGCAGACAGCACUCCGUCAACCCAGAGCUGCUGCAGAGCAGUCCCGUGGCUGUUUCGAGAACACGCAGUGUUUCGGAGAGCGAGUCCUCCUUCAGCCUUCCCUCCUCCUUCACUGCUCCCACUUUCCUGAAAAGCUUUUACCAGGGCUCCCUGGGCUCCCUGAGCUCCCUGCCUGACAGUGGGAGCCUCAAGAGCAAUGGUGAAGGCAGGAAGAGGACUCUGUCUGGCUGUAGCAGUGACUCGUUGAGUGGAGGUCUCCCUCUGAACCCACGCAGGGUCUCCUGGAGACAAAAGAUCUUUCUGAGGGUUGCGUCACCCAUGAGCAAGCCGUCUGCAUCCAUGCAGCACACAGACAACUGUGACACUAGGGAGCUGUUGCCCCUCUCUCCUCGUGCCUCAUCUCUGGACCCUUUGGGUAACCUGCUGUCCCAGGCAGGUGACCCAGGGUCAGAGAAAAAGUCAAAAAGGACGGCAGCUGACUACCGGGCCCUCUGGAAGACGGCCAUCCACCAGCAGAUCCUCCUGCUGCGCAUGGAGAAGGAGAAUCAGAGACUUGAAGCGAGCCGAGAUGAGCUGCACAUCCGCAAGAUGAAGCUUAACUACCAGGAGGUGAGCCAGUGCUCCAAAGAUGCACAGGCUUUGUGGGAGAGAAAAUUGACAGCCCCAGGCAGAACGACAGUCCCACAAGACAAGGAAGAAAUGUAUCGCGCCCUCUGCCAAGGAGUUCCAAAGAACAGGCGUGGGGAAGUCUGGUUGCUCCUUUCCCAUCAACACCGGCUGCGUCAUAGACUCCCACCACGCCAGCAGGCCCCGGAUACCCCCUACCAUGACCUGCUCAAACAGCUCACCGCACAGCAGCAUGCCAUUCUGGUCGAUUUAGGCCGGACCUUCCCCACUCACCAGUACUUCUCAGCCCAGCUUGGUGCGGGGCAGCUCUCCCUCUACAAUCUCCUGAAAGCUUACUCUCUGCUGGAUACAGAGGUGGGGUACUGCCAGGGUAUCAGCUUUGUGGCUGGAGUGCUGCUCCUCCACAUGAGUGAAGAACAGGCCUUUGACAUGUUGAAGUUCCUCAUGUAUGACCUCGGCAUCAGGCGGCAGUACAGACCUGACAUGGUCUCUCUGCAGAUUCAGAUGUACCAGCUCUCCAGACUGUUGCACGACUAUCACCGCGAGUUGUACAAUCACUUCGAGGAGCACGAGAUCUGCCCGAGCCUCUACGCAGCGCCGUGGUUCCUCACGCUCUUUGCCUCGCAAUUCCCUCUCAGCUUUGUAUCCCGCAUCUUUGAUUUUGUGUUUGUCGAGGGGACUGAGGUGAUUUUUAAAGUGGCCCUCUGUCUGCUGGGCAGCCAUGAGGGGGAGAUAGUGGAGUGUGACAGCUUUGAGAGCAUUGUGGACUAUCUGAAAACGACACUCCCCACCCUCACUCAGACACAGAUGGAGCAGACCAUUGCUAAGGUAAUGGAGAUGGACAUCUCAAAGCAGCUGCAAGCAUAUGAAGUGGAGUACCACGUUCUGCAGGACGAGAUGUUAGAUUCUGGACCGCUGCCUGAUGACUCUGAGCGGCUUGACAAGCUAGAGAAGACGAAUGCACAGCUGAAGAAGCAGAACAUGGAGCUGCUGGAAAAACUUCAGGCCGCACGGCAAAAGAUCCAGACUCUGGAGACGAGCAUGGAGAACUUCCUUUCUCGGGAGAGCAAAAUGAAGCACAUGAUUCGCUCUCUGGAGCAGGAGAGAGCAGCUUACCAGAGAACCAUUGAACGCAUGCGCUCGUGCCUUCCUCCUGACGCCUUGACAGAUGUGGAGAUGACCCAGAUCAAAACGGGGCCCAAUGGGAAAGCCAAAACUGCAGCCAAAAAGCCCUGAUGGCAACCAGGGUGCUGGCUGCUGUGGGCAGACGCACAGGCAGAUACUGAAAUGAACAAAUGGAGACUGUGUUUUGUGGAAAGCUGCUGAGCUCCACUGCAUUGUUGUACCGUUGUAUGAGAGCUACACUUUUUUUUUUUUUUUUUUCUAAAUGUGUUUUGUCUGAAGUGGAGACGUGCAGACUGUAUAGGGAAAUAUCUAUGUGAUAUUUGUCAGCAGAUAAUAGCGUAGUGGGAGGAUGGUUUCAACUGUAUUAGCAAACAGACUGUUCCCAUAGUGCAUUGGAGCCACUGCGCGUCUCAUCCAUUUCACUGCCAGUUUGAAGGUGAUUCAAGAUACACGCCGAGCUUCACUUCUGAGAUCUUUUUGGUUAUCAUGGGAGUUUUCUGGAUUGACACAAGUUAGAGAUGGAUCUGCUCCUGCAAAUCUUUUUUUUUUUUUUUUUUUUUUUUGGAGCACUACCUUCAUUCUCAGUAGCACUACAAAAGUAGUGAACAGAAGGUGCCUGUUGGCAAAUAAUCUUUUGGACCUCAGGGUCAACUUAUAGCCAUUAGCAGUGUCUUUGAUCCUGGAGCGGAGAUCACAUUGUUUCUGAUGUCUUCAAACCCGGUGUCUGCGAUGGAAGCGUGGCCUCAGGCUGUUGACACUGCUUUGUUAUAUCUCUUUUAUUCACUUGAAAAUUUUGUGAAUGUAACUUCUCUCCAAAGAUCACAGUGAACAUACCACCCCCACCCCCACCGCAGAUACAUCUGAGGACACAUCUGCCAUAUUAGGCUUUAAACUUCUGCAGAUACGUAUAUAGUAUCUUGUUGUUUAUCUCUCAGCAUCGCCUCACUGCCUUCACGUGAGAGCUCUUUAGUACUUGCACUUGCUGCUUUUAAGGAGGAAGUGUUUCUUCCAAAGCUCAGGCAGGAUGUGUGGUUGUCUGCCUUUUCUGUUUCCUGUGUGACUGACCGCGGUGUCGCCUUCUUUUAGCACAAAGAUCAGACACUGAGGCAGAGUUCACACUCCCCAGGCGCUGAAUAACAGACCAAGGUGGAGGAGUGAUCUGAAUGUACAUCACUUGCUUCUCUCCAGAAAAGUCUGUAUGCAAUCUUUUUUUUUUUUUUGUGUGUGUGCGUGAGUGUGUGUGAGUUCACCCUGACACAGGUAGCUGGUGUUGUUGUUGUAGAGCUAACGCACAGUGGCAGGUGCUUUGCUGUUUGUCACAUGUCCAGCAUGUUUGCAUUGAAACUCAAGUGUUUAGGCGAGCAGGGAGGCAGUAAAGUAGGGGGAAAAAAAAGAACUUAAAUACACUUGAGUGUUCUUCUCACUGGUGGUGAGUCUCUCCUGAUACAGGAUAAUAUAUACAGUAUAUAGGCACACAUACACACUGUGAUGCGAACUGGCUGCCUGUAAGGACAGACAGUUUAUGAGUUCAGAGAGUGUCCCUGGCUCCCUCUUUAUUUUUGUUUUAUCCCACCCCCUGUGUCUGACUCACCAUCGCCAGUUUUGAUUGAAAGCAAAGCAGUCCUGAGCUUGACUUCACUUUGAGAAAUCACCCUUCCUUUUAAACCAAGGUGAUGUCUAUCAAAGGGGAAAAAAGUACUCACAAACAGUGUCUGUCUGUCUGUUUUCCCGUCCUUGGUGACAAGUCGCGAUGACACAUUUGUUUGUUUCACUUUUUAUUUUCAAAUGUCAGUACAUGUGGGCAUAUUCUGUGGCAGACAAUGCAGUAUGCUGGUGUUAGGAAUCCUGUGCAGUUGCGUAUACCCAGUGCACAGCAGAUGUUCCACACAAGGCCGACGAAUCCAGCCUGAUGGUCUCUGUCGGGCUGAAAACUGAUCUUGUAAUUGAUGAAGUGAUAUUGUUCAAAUUCACACCAAGCUUUUCAUACAUAGCAGAGAAAUAGCCACGCCUUUUACAGCAGGGAUUUUCUAAACCGUUAAGAAAGGAAAACGUAUCAAACAAAUAAUUUUAAACAUUCAUUCUUCACAGCUCCCCGGCCUCUUUUUUUUUGCCUGUGUUUUGCUUAACAGCAGAAAUUGGGAGUCUUUAGAAAUAGGUCACUGAACCAAAGAUGUGAUUGUUUUCCAGAAGCAAAUGAAUUCAUUCAAAAUGAAGUGACAUCUGUUGGCAUUCUUUUGGUUUCUACUCUGACAAGAACUUGAACAGUUACCAAAUAUUGGUAGUAAAAAUAUGCUUUAAAAAAAAAAAAAGGUGCAUUUUUUUUUUUUUUUCCCCAUUGUGUUUAUUUUUUGUGCCAAAUGUUUAAGGUGGCCUUUGUUUCUUUCAUUUCGAGUUAUAAUAAGAGCUUCUUUUUGAUAUCAAAUGCAUAGCACGUUCAGGUACUGAGUCUUGACUUCUGAAUAGUGCGUGUAUUACUGUGUUUUAAGAAAAGACUGUCAACAUGAGGGCUACCAAGAAGCAAAGAAACUGUCAUGAAUUCUUCAAUAAACCUCAUCUUGCCUUUU